GCGGAGGGUGCGGCUUUUGACGGACCCGGAAAUGCACCAAUAACUUUUAGCGCAGUGGUACUGCGUUUUACGCAUGGGUUUACACCUUCGUUUACAAAGUUUAUAUCGACUAAUAUGAGUUUUCAUUACGGACAGGGUUAUCCCGGAGGCAAUAACCCGCCUGGCGCUCCGUACGGCAGAGGCAGUGGUCCCUAUGCGACCCCGCCGCCUCAUGCCCCUUAUGGAGGUGGUGCACAACCACCUGGGGCGCCCUACGGUGGAGGGUACGGUGUUCCGGGACAAGGAGCUGCUUACGGACAGGGACCUCACGCUGCCCCCGGUGGACCCUACAGUGGGUAUGGAGGACAGCCUCACGGGGGACAUUAUGGGCACCAUGCUCCACAAGGUAAUGUGCCCCCUGGCGUAAACCAUGAGGCAUACCAAUGGUUUCUGAGCGUCGACUCAGACCGCAGUGGCUACAUCAACAUGAAGGAACUGAAGCAGGCACUGGUCAACUCCAACUGGUCUGCCUUCAAUGAUGAAACCUGCCUAAUGAUGAUCAACAUGUUUGACAAGACAAAAACUGGACGCAUCGACAUGUUUGGCUUCUCUGCUCUGUGGGACUUCAUGCAGCGAUGGAGGGCGCUGUUUCAGCAGUAUGACAGGGACCGGUCUGGGUGUAUCAGUGGAACAGAGCUACAUCAAGCUCUUGCACAGAUGGGCUACAACCUGAGUGCACAAUUUGCAGAGACGCUGGUGCGGCGGUUCAGUGUUCGUGGUAUGCGGCCCGGGAUUCAGCUGGACCGUUUCAUUCAGGUGUGCACCCAGCUCCAGAGCAUGACCGAUGUCUUCAGGGAGAGAGACACAAACCGCUCUGGCAACAUCCGCAUGAACUAUGAGGACUUCUUAAGUAGUGCCAUUAUCAGGCUCAUGUGAUCAUUCCUGAAGCUCAAAGUUUACAGUCACAGCGAUAUUUGCUGUGAGUGACAUUACUUGAUGCUCUAGGUAAAAUACAUGAUUGCCAUUACAUUUUAGAAUUUGCACAUUUCUUAUUCCAGGAUGCCAAAUGAGGUCACAAGACCAUUCUGUUUUACAUUCACUAGUUCAGUGGUUUUUGUUUUAAGUACUUUUUUAGCAGUGCCUCUCACACCCCUAGUACCCCUCAACUUAUGCACUAGGGCAAGUGAUUAAUUCAUUAUUUAAUACUGUUUGUUUGUUUGUUUUAAAUAGAAAUAUGGAUGUCCACAAUCCUUCAAAACAUUCUUAAGAAUGUAAAAAUGGCUUUAAUGUAGAAUGUUACAUUCAAAUAAUAUUCAUUUUCUUUUAAAUUCUGAAAUCAUUCCAAGUACCCCCGGUAAGUUCUCUCUUACCCUUGGUUGGGGAACAAAGCUCUAGUUGACAUUCCUUUGUAUGAUUAUGCUUUGUCAUUAUAAUUUCUUUAAUUACCUGUAUGAUUUCUAAUGUAAUACUAGUUUACCCACAUCUCUAGUGAAUUGUGGGAAUAGUUUGGCUCUUAAGGUUCUACGCAAUAUGCCUUACCUUUGAAAUAUUUGCAUUCGGUUCUUCUCUUUCAUACUUGAAUUUUCUAUAUUUGUUUUGUUACAUGUUCAUAAAACAAAGCUACGCAUAUGGACAAUAUCUUAAUCAGUUCAAGCAGCAGCCAGCCUCAUUUACAUAUAUGACUAUAUAUAAACAAUAUAUUAUAUUAUUAACAAAUGGAUAGCUCAUAUGCCGAAUACAAAUUAAAAGGCCAUGCUUUUCUAACAUUUAUCUGUUGCCAACAUUAAACUAAUGCUUUUUGUAAUCAUGUAGCUACAUUAUUUUUGUAAUAUGGACAAUAAAUCAUAUAUAUCUA